AUGCCUGGAAGCGGACCGGACGAUCUUCACGAAGAACCUGAUAUUCCCAACAAUCCGCCAACAGAUCCUCCCACAUCGCAAGGGGUUGAUGAAGUGUUCUCUCUCUUCAAGACAUAUCUUGAAAAUCGUUUGGAACAGAAGGGCAAAGAGCUCGAAGAAAAACAAAAAAUCGAUUUGCAGGCAGAGAAGUUCAAAUUCAAAAGUAACCAAAAGCAGUUCGUAUUCAACGCCGAGCUUGAAGAAUUAGUAGGAAAAAUCAAAGAAGCAAACGCCCAGAAGGAUCACAAGAAGGUGGCUCACUUAACGGAUCAAGCCAAAGCUCUGUUGCACAAGAGACAGAAGCUUAUCAAACUCGCAGACUCGAGUGAAGCCGGCUGGGACGCAGUUCAAGAAUACGAAUCCCAAGAUAUCGCCUCGGACGAUGAGGACGACAAGAAAAUUCGCAAUGCUAGAGCCGCAGCUAAUAGGAAAAGGAAACAGAAAGAAAGAGAACGACAGCAGCAGAGCAAUAAGAAGCGUUGUACAACUCCCAACCUGGGCACGCAGGAUCAUCAUCUUUUUCGUGGUAUUUGUAUCGCUAUUGCCGUCCAAGCUCUUAUGCACAUGGGGAUUGCUUCAGGUGCGGAAGGCCAGGUCACUGGGCCAAAGAUUGCAGGGCCUCUAGCUUCUAUCCCCGCCCUUUCGGCCAGUACAAGCCAACCGCCUUUGCCCCAGCCUCCACCACCACAAACGCUUCAGGAACCGGACUUAAGGGAAUCGGACAUUCAUGAGGAAUUCGACAAGUUUACGGAUGUACUUCAGGCCAUCUCUGCUCAGUCCUGUUGGGCAAGUCUCUAUGGAUCUUUAGCUCCCUUCAAGCUGCGCCUCAUUACUGAUCAGUUUAAGGCCAGACAACCUUCGACGAUGAAUAGAUAUUUACUUGAGUGUCAAAAAUUUAUGCGUUGGUGCAAUGAUGUUAAGGCUCAAUUCGUUUUGCCACAAGAGCCUGUUGUUGUAGCGGCCUAUUUGUCUCAACUUCACAGGAAGACUGGUUCUCCCAGCACUGUUAGUAUGGCUUAUGCUGCAUUAGUUUGGCUACACGAUGUAGUAGACGUAACUUGUAGUAAUAAUCCUUUGAAAACCGGAGUGUGUAGAAAUGUUGUUGAAGCUGCGAAACGUAAUGGCACACAACGGAAGAAUAGGAAGCUCCCUCUCUCUAUUGAUAUGGUCAAGAGAAUAGUUGCUAAACAUGGCAAGGUAGACGCUAAUCUAAAAGAUCUGCGAAUUUCAGUCAUAGUCCUCUUAGGUUUCGCAGGUUUCUUCAGAUUCAAUGAGUUAGCAAAUAUCAAAGCUUCGCAUAUAACUUUCGCAGAUGACCAUAUGUCCAUUGUUAUACCAAGUAGUAAAACAGAUGUCUACAGGGAAGGUAAUAAAGCUAUUAUUGCUAGAACGGACAAUGCCACUUGUCCAGUUCAUAUGGUCCUUAGGUAUAUGUCUGCUGCAAGAAUGGACCAUAAUGCAGACGGUCUCCUAAUCAGGCAGUUAGUAUUUCAGAAAAAUUAUAAUACUUAUGUUUUAGGGAACAAAGGAAUUUCGUAUUCUAGGUGUCGAGAAAUCUUUUUGGAAGCUCUCAAGGCUCUAGGUUACGACUCCAAACUUUUUGGGUUACACAGUCUUAGGUCCGGUGGGGCAACCGCUGCCGUAAAUUCACCUAGCGGCCCUGUAUCAGACAGGUUAUUAAAAUUACACGGGCGGUGGAAAUCCGAUUACGCCAAAGACUUGUAUAUUCAAGAAGAUAUAUCUGCACGGCUUUCAGUUUCAUCUAGCCUAGGUAUUUAAUUGCUAUCAUUAAGUUUCCACGCGUGAUGGGACACGCGAACGUUUUUGCUAUCUUUUAGUUACAGCCUAGUUUUGUAUGAUUAUAAUCAGUGCUUUCACUAUAAUUUAACCGUAUCAUAUGUAUUGUGCAAUGUACUAGCUUAAUGAGGAUAUAGCUUCGCGUAUCGUAUUUCUGUGGGACAAAAAGCAAUGUGACCGUUUAUACACAUAGUGCUCGAAUACAGUAAUAAAGCUUAUAUUGGCUCUCCGUGAGUUAC